GCUCUGCUCUCUGGAGAGGCGCGUUCAGGAAUACGCCGCUGUCCUGGCAGCGCCGCUUCGGCUGAGUGUUCCCCUCUCGCUUGGGGCAGGCCGUGCCGCCAGAGCUGUCUUCCUCCGGUGUAAACAUGAUCAGUGUCGGUGUCGGCACGAGGACAGGCAUCCCGCGAGGACCCUGCUCGGCCUUCAGGUCGGAUGUCGAGAGAGACGAGAUCGUCCUGCGAAGGAGGCAGAAGCAGAUUGAUUAUGGGAAGAACACUGUGGGCUACCAGCUCUUCCUUCAGCAAGUCCCCAAGGCUGCUCGGCAGCCAGGAGUUCACCCUCAAACACCAAACAAAUACAAGAAAUAUAGUCGUCGCUCUUGGGACAUGCAGAUCAAGCUGUGGAGACGAGCUCUGCAUGCCUGGGAUCCCCCUAGCAAGUAUCCUGCUCAAGAUGAACAAAGACUUCUGGAAGACGCUUCCAUCUGUUGCCCUAGGCAGGGGCUGGCCACUCUCUUGGGAGCCACAGCAGCGUGCUCUGGUGACUUGCAGUCCGAAGAAGCCCUUUCAGGAGGUGCAGUGGAGGGACAGAGAGAGCUUCCUAGGAGGUCCUGACCCCAUAUCCUAGGAUCAGCCUUCCAGGCAACGCAGGCUUUGGCAGCCACCCUUCCUGACAGGCUCCCUGCAGCCAAGGCACCUGUCUGAACGCCAAACUGCAUCUCGGACAUCUACUGAGGACUCUACUUUGGAAAAGACUUCAGUUCUCCCUCCCAAGAGGCACUGUGCCAUUUGCUCACUGUUUCUGAGGACUUCCUGAGGAAUUGCACUGGCAGAGCUGAGCCAGGCCCAGGAAGCCUGUGUUUGCAGUUUCAGCCAAGCCUCUGCUGUCUCUCCUGUGCGCACAAGACAGUAAUGGACAGAGCCCCCCCGCUUCUUCAGCCUGGGUCUAACCUGGGACUCUUCAUCGGCAAGUUCCUGGAAACUGGAGACACCUCGGAGCCUUACAGACUGCAGUGCUGCUUCCCACUGUCCCCUGCUGGAUGCGGGCCCUGCCAAGAGCUGGAGUGCCUCCCCGCCUGCGCGGCGGGGGUACCAGCGCAGCCGCUCACAGC